AAUAUUGCACCAUCUGGAACGCUUAUUAAUCUUUGGUGUAUCAUUCGUGAAAAUCGUUCUAUUUUCAAAAUUACUAUCGAAUCGGGUAACGAUCUUGACGACCUUAGAAAAGUUAUCAAGGAAGAGAGGAAGCCACGUUUUAAUGAUUUUGCACCCGAUGAACUAGUUCUAUGGAAGAAGAGCCAGCUGAUACGGUUGGAAAUACAUUUCAAAACGUUGUAGGAAAUAAUAUUGGAGUUGUUGUUGACGUUCCCGUUACUGAGCAACCCAUUGGAAUAGCAAGUUUAACGUCCGGCAUAGCAGGACUCCAACUUCAAGAUAAGCAAAUAUGGGUCCGUUAUAAUGAUGAACGCGUCUCUAUCAAACAAAGUAGUCUGGAAGAUUUUGCGGUAUCCGAUGUGAAUGAUCUGAAAAGGACGAUCAAAGCCCGGUUUGAUAUAUCAGGAAAUGUCACUAUUUACCGUGGAAGUAAGACUUUGGAGGACAGUAAACUUGUCACGGAAUUACACAAUACGGAAGAUAAUGCAUAUGAUAUUAUAGUCACAGAAAAUGAUGAUGAAAGCUCUUCAAGUGAUGAGAAAGAAGAAGAUGCGAGUCAUGUUGAACCAAAUCGUAUUGAAGAAGCAUUUCAAGUUGAAUACCAAGGCACAACCUUGGAAACUUUCUAUUCGCGACUAAAACAAUUUCAUGAUGAAUGGUACCAGCAGAUAAAACCAUACGCCCCUUACUUAGCAAUUAUACAAAGCUCUGGUUCUGGUAAAACACGGCUUGUGGGGGAGCUGAGAACCAAGGGGACCUAUAUCCUGUACAUUUGUAAAAGACAUGAGAGUAGUUCUGGUUACCCUUGGGGCCCUCUUAUCUAUAGCAAUCAAAGAAAUUAAGAAUAAAAACUGGAGCGCAGAGGAGUUUUGGAAUAUUCAAAUUAAAGAUGAUCACAAAACUGAGCGUAAUGAUUUCUGGAAAAGUGUCUUUGAAUCAUUAUUACAACAAAAAAAACUUUCAUC